GUCCUGCUGGUGGCCUUCCUGGGGGCCUCUCUGUCCUUUGUGGGCCUGCGCUCCGAGCCCCGCCAGGAGUCCCGCACGGCGUUGCGGGGGCAAGCCGGUGCCUCCGCCACUCCAUGGACGCCGGUCCUGACCCGCGACGUGGUGGAGAUCGAGUUCACCGCUCCAGCACAGGGUGCCCGCUGCCGCUUCAUGAUUAAGGCUGACGCAGAUGCCAAGGAGGUGCUGUCUGAGGGCCGCAAGAGGCUGGGCUUCGACCAGGCCUGGAUGCCGGACUCCGACUUCCAGAUCUACAAUUCCGAGGACGAGGAAGCCGGCCCACUCAAGGGCAAGAUGAGGGACAACGGCCUUAUUGACUUCACCUAUGAGGUGCACCUGUACUACGAGCCGCAGUGA